AGGUAAUGCAGAAAACGUAGCACAUAAAGGAAGUAAUGCUUGCCCUUGUCACUAUGACAUGAAAUAUAUCAGGCUUGAACAUUAAGUUAGGGAUCAUAGGCUUGUAGUUAAUAGACGAAAUUCUUUUUCUCCAUCUGCACAGAAUCAGAUUCCAAAAUGAAGGAGAAGAAUUUCCAACAGACAAUCCAAAAGUAGAAAUAUGAUCGGUUGGUCCAUGGUGGUCUUCCAUAUUCUCAACUCCCAUCAAUUCUUUUUCUGUGUACUUUUUUGAGUAAACAAAAAAAAAAUGACGCAAACAGUGGUACCUAAUCCUUCGACUUCCCUCUUCAUGCCAGGAAAGUAUUAUUGCAUGGUGAUGAGGCUCAACAUUGACUGCAAUGCUUGUUGCAGGAAACUAAGGAGAAUCAUUCUAAACAUGAAAGAAAUAGAGUCGCAUUUGAUUGAGAAGCAGCAACGCUGUGUGAGUGUAUGUGGGAUAUUUAGACCGUCGGAUGUGGCAAUAAAGAUAAGAAAGAAGAUGAACCGUCGAGUUGAAAUUCUGGAAAUUCAGGAUUUCAGCGGCACCACAGAACAAGAAGACCAAAAUCAACAGUCUACUGGCUAAUUAUUGUGAUGAUUGAUAUUUGCAUAGGUUGGGUUUUAGGAAAUUCUUCAUUGACAUGUAAUAUGUGAAAAUAUAUAUAUAAAAAACAUGUAUUUUAACAACAUAUGUCAAUUUAAUCGACCAAGUUAAAAGAAUUUACUCAAAAAACUUUGUCCUUUGCAAAGUCUGUGCUGCUAUCUUACCUAGUCUGACCAUGGCAUCACCUUUUAGAAGGUUUGGCAAGCUUGGUUUUCAUAGAACUUUGAGAGAUU